AUGUGGGGACUGAUCCGACGCUUCUCCGCCGAGGAUUCGCAGUCCUUUGCGAGCCAGCUCGACAGCAUGUUUAAUGCACAACCGCAGACAGAGUCUGAGGCGAAAGACGGUAUCAACGACGUCUUCCGACCGCCUGUCAUGCGCACAGCCAGUCCGUUCCGCCCACCGCCGCUCGACCCUCUGGUCCUGCACGGUUACAAGGAGGGAACGCCUGACACAGCACGGUUGCUUAGUUGUGCGGUCGCGGAGGAGGUCAGAGCCAUGCUGCCCGAGAGAUUACGCAUCGUGGACGAUUGGAGUCUGGUGUACAGCCUGGAGCAGGAUGGCGCCAGCCUGGCAACGUUGUACCUUAAGUCUCGACGGUACGAGCGCAGCCGCACAGGCUUCGUCCUCGUAGUUAGAGAUCAAGAGGGCGCGACAUUUGGAGCAUACAUGAGCGAAUACCCACAUCCAGCACCAAGCUACUUUGGCAACGGCGAAUGCUUCCUCUGGAGAGCGUCCACGCUUGCCUCGCUGCCGCCGCCCCCUUCGGCGGACACGACGAGCCUCACCCGCAACACGACUCUUGCCCCGCCUCCCUCAAGCCCGGAUCGGCCGACUGCUUCGCCCACCCCGAGCGAGACCAUUCGCUUCAAGGCCUUUCCCUACAGUGGCCUCAACGAUUUCUACAUCAAUUGCGAGCACGGUUUCCUGAGCGUGGGCUCUGGAGGCGGGCACUAUGGCCUUUGGCUCGAUGAUGCCCUAGGGAUGGGCCACAGCUCACGAUCCGAGACUUUUGGAAAUGAGCCUUUGAGUGACGAGGGCGAGAAGUUUGGUGUGCUUGGCGUCGAAUUGUGGGCUAUUGGACGAUCGUAA